AUGUGGUCUGACCUCGACCGGGUAUACGUUAUCGAACCACCGCCGGACGAAGACGAAAUCGAUGAAUCGGUGCGCCUCGCCGACACUUGGGCGCUGAGUCAGGUGGCGCCUGACAUUUUGCAAGCCUUUCACAGAUUCGAGCCCUCUCCGACGGAUCUGCGUAAAGUGCUCGAGCUCGAAGCCGCCGGUUCGAACGUCACGGAGGCCGCCUGCGCGGUGGCGUCGAACGUCGCACGGUUCGAAUUUUGGUUCGAUUCGAAGUUAAAGUACGACACGUCGUAUCUGCUGGACGUGUUUCUGUGCAAAAGCGAUCCGGACAAAAAAGAAAUCGCGGAGGUCAUACCGAAAAUAAUCAAAACGGUCGCUUCGCAGACGAAACUGAGCUUCGAAUUCAACGUAUCCGUUUUCGACGUGAACUGCGAGGACGAAAACUCGCUGAUGAGGAAGUACAUCGAGCGCGCCCAGAGCGCGCACUGGGCGCGGGCGGCGGGCGCGCUGGCGCCGGGCGCGGGCGCGGGCGCGGCGGCGGCGGCGGGCGCGGCGGCGGCGCUGGGCGGCGCGCUGCUGCUGUACGCGCCCGCGCCGCCCGCCCCGCCCGCGCUGCUCACCGCGCCGCGCCCGCGCCACACCGCCCGCGCGCUGCGCCGCUUCGUCUCCGGCUUCGGGUGGACUCGCCUCGCCGUUCUUUCCGACCGUUCGCAGCUCGCCGCCGAAAUCUACGAGUCCCUUCGGUCCUUCGGCGACUUGAUCCUCUGCGACGUUCCGAUGGACUCGGAUCCGGAGUCGGCGUUGCGAACUUUGAAGCUGUACGAAGCUCGCGUCGUGUUCGUCGAUUCGAACUCGUCCGUCGCGAUGUCCGUGCUCUGCGCCGCCGGCGGUCGGGGAAUGACGCCGGAGGCCGGCUACGUCUGGAUCCUGCGCGAGUGGCGCGUCGCCGAUGCGGACGUGAGAUGUCGGCGGGAAACGUUCCCGUCGACUCAUUUCACGGUAUCUUUUUGGUGGCGCGGUGGAAAAGUUCCGUGCGCCCUCGACGGUUCGGGCGACCCGGCCAUGAGGAACGCUCUCGAUGCGACGUGGCCCGAUCGCACGUGGCCUCCGCACGCGGCGCCGUUGGCGGACGCGUUGUCGCUGUUGCUGCACGGCUUCCAAAACUUUUUACAUGAACAUCCUCAGAGACGAUAUGACAUACACGGUCGAACGGUCCCUUCCUUAAUUUGGGAAAAUCUCAAUAAACAUCCUAUAGAAGGAGUGAUGCAGACGUUAAAUUUGGACGAACACGGAGUUCGAAACCAUCUCGCCUACGUCGAAAGAUGGCGUGGCAACCGGAGAGAUGCGUUGGCCGUGUGGCGAGUGAACGACGAUACGGUGACGGAGGUGCACACGGAAGGAUCGAUUUUCCUAGAUCCCAUUCCUUCGGACGGUUCGGCCUCCUGUUUGUUCAAAUCUUCCAGCGAAGCGUUCUCGCCCCGCUGCUACGACGGCGCCUGCUUCACGGGCGCGGCCGCGAGCCUGCUGGCGCUGCCGGCGCUGCUGCUGGCGCGGCGCGUGCGGCGGCGGCGGGCGGCGGCGCGGCGGCGCGCGGUCACGGCGCGGCUGCUGGCGCCCGGCGCGGCCGCGGGCGCGCUGGCCGGCCUGCUGGUGGAGCGCGGCGCGCUGGAGCUGCGCGGCGUGCUGGGCGCCGGCCGCUUCGGCGUCGUGCGCCUCGCCGUGCUGCGCGCCGCCGGCCGCGCCCGGCCCGUGGCCGCCAAGGCGCUGCGCGACGACUCGUCGCCGGCCGAGGAGCGCGAGUUCCUCAACGAGGCGCUGACGCUGGCGGCGCUGCGGCACGAGCGCGUGGUGCGGCUGGCGGGCGUGGUGGCGGGCGGCGGGCCGCCGCUGGUGCUGAUGGAGCACGCGCUGUUCGGCGACCUGCUGCGCUACCUGCGGGCGCGGCGCGCGCUGGCGGGCUCGCGCGCGGCCGAGGCGCGGCACGUGUCGGCGGCGGCGCUGACGCGGCUGGCGCGCGAGGCGGCGGCGGCGCUGGAGUUCCUGGCGGCGCGCGGCGUGGUGCACCGCGACGUGCGCGCCGCCAACUGCCUGGUGGACGCGCGGCGCUCGCUCAAGCUGGCCGACUUCGGGCUGGCGCGGCGCGCGGGCGCGGGCGCGGGCGCGGGCGCGGAGUACGUGAGCCGGCGGCGCGGGCCGCUGCCGGCGCUGUGGCUGGCGCCCGAGAGCGUGGAGCGCGGCGCGUUCUCGGCGGCGUCGGACGUGUGGGCGCUGGGCGUGCUGCUGCUGGAGCUGGCCACGCUGGGCGCGCGGCCCUACGGCGCCUGGCCGCCGCUGCGCGUGCUGCGCCACGUGGGCGCCGGCGGCCACCCGCCGCUGCCGGUCGACAUCGCGCCCGAAACGCGGCGCGUGCUGGCGAGCUGUUGGCGCGCGGCGCGGGCGCGGCCGGCGGCGGCGGAGCUGCGAGCGCACCUCACCGCGGCGGAGGCGGCGCUGCGGCCCGCGCUGGGCCCGCUGCAGGCGCCCGACGCGGCCGGUGCGGGCCGCCGGGGUCGGUGA